UGUUUAUUUAAAUAAACCUUUGAUUUCAGAUUUAUUAGUUGGAUGGGAAGGUCAGAUUACUGUUAAUUGAUUGUAAGGAUAUUGUUAUGGAUGUCUAUUUCCAUAAUGUCAAAGACUUUUUAGAAUUCUACUGAAGCAGGAGUAUUUGGAGUUAUGUCUGAGUUUGAUUGUAUUGAUAAGAUUCAUUAAAAGCAAUAAGAAUAAUUAUUGGACAGUAAACUUUGUUAUAAAGAUAGAGAUGUCUAUAAAAUAGUUAAGUAGAGAGGAUAACAGAAGUAUAUAAUAUUAUUUAACAGAUAGAAAUGAUAUUUAUGUUAAAAGUAGAUUAAGAUAAAUGAAUAUGAUAAUGACUCAUUUGCAUAGAUAAUAUGCAUUUCCUCUAUUCAUUAUGGAGAAGGAUAUAAAGAGAUUGAAUGGAAGGAUUUUCUAUUGA